AUGCAGCGUCUCAACGCCUCCAGCUCCAACUCCACCUCCUGGACUCCAUCUCCUGAGAACCUGGUCUCCUGCAUGUUCCUGGGUCUGUGCUUUGUGGUGGGCGCCCUCGGCAACGGGCUGGUUGCCUGGGCGAUACUACGGCACCUCCGCAGGGCGUCGCUGACGGUGAAGCUGAUGCUGAACCUGGCGCUGACGGACAUCCUGUCGCUGGGGAUGGUCAUUCCCUGGAUGGUGGCCCUGCUGAAGGGCUGGCCGUACGGCCGCACCGCCUGCAAGCUGCUGUCCUAUCUGGUGUACUGUGGCCUGUACUCCAGCGUGCUGACCGUCACGCUCAUGAGCCUGCAGCGCUCCCUUCUGGUCAUGUACCCACACUGCAAGACCUGGCUGCGGCCAGGCGGGCGGGGCGAGCGGGCCUUAGUGGGAGGCCUGUGGGCCCUGGCGUGUCUCCUGGCGACCCCAGCUGCCGUUCUGCGGGACCUCGAGGAGAGCCAGGAGGCAGGGGGCCACAGGCUCAGCUGCAGGCCGCAGUACAGCUCCGUCAGGGCGGAGGUGGCGGUGCUCGCCAUGGAGACGCUGCUGGGGUUUGUGAUCCCUGGGGCCGUCCUGGCCUGCUCGUACCUGUGCAUCGUGAGGAGGGUGGAGCGCCUGCCGUUUGCCUCCAGCCGCAGGGUGAGCCGCCUGGUCACCUGGGUGGUUUCCGCCUUCUUCCUCUUCUGGUGCCCGUGGCACAUCUUCAACCUGCUGCAGGUGGCGGCCGCCCUGAAGGGGGCGGAGCAGGGGGUGGGGCUGCGGGGCGUGGCACGGCGGUGCCAGAACGUGGCCGGCGCCCUCACCUUCCUGAACAGCGCGCUGAACCCCUUCCUGUACGCGCUGGCCUCGCGCAGUCUGCGGGGCACCAACAGCCUGAUGCAGCGGGUAGAGCGGAUCUGCCACUCCCGCCUGACGGACACGCCCGAGUCCGACUCCAGAAAGGCCUCGCUCUGCACCCAGACCGCCAACGUCACCGUCGCCACCACGACCCACCUGUGCCCCGGGCAGGUUGUGACACCAGUGUAA